AUCACAUAUCUUUUCUAAGUGUUCCAAUAAGAUCAAAGAAGAAAUAACAAAUAGGAGAGAAUUGUGUUGUGUGCUUUCUCAUCCAUACUGCAAUUCUUGUGUUCUGAGAUUGUUGAAUAACACAAUGGCUGAUCGAGUACAUCCUAUGGAUAUACCAUCAUCAAGCAAUCCACCGUCGUCGAACAACUCCGGUGAGGUAGUUUCACCGAAAAAACCAUCAUUUCCGUCGCCGGCGAAACCUGUACAACCACCGGCGGGAACUUACGUAGUUCAAGUUCCGAAGGAUCAAAUUUACAAGUAUCCUCCGCCGGAAAAUUCUCGCCGGUAUGAGUCUCUCACUAAACGGAAACCUCGCCGGAGUUGCUGCUGCCGUUGUCUCUGUUUCACUUUCUCUAUUCUCCUUGUGCUCAUUAUAUCAAUCGGAAUCACCGCCGGCGUUAUCUACCUUGUAUACCGCCCUGAAGCACCGAAGUACACCAUUUCCAGCAUCGCGAUUAAGAAUUUCAACUUCACGGCAUCUUCUAAGAUCUCGCCGGAGUUCGACAUUUCCGUCAGAGCUGAAAAUCCGAACAACAAGAUAGGAAUUUAUUACCGGAAAGGAAGUUCCGUUAUGGUAGUUUACUCCGGUGUUGAUCUUUCCGCCGGUGCAUUACCGGCGUUUUAUCAGCCGGCGAAUAACGUAACGGUUUUUCAAACGGCGUUGAAAGGUUCGAACGUUAUACUUGGAAACGCCGUUAAGUCGACGUUAAGGAAUGAACAGAGGAAAGGGAAAGUGCCGUUUAGAGUGAAUAUUAAAGUGCCCGUCAAGAUUAAGAUUGGAGCCGUGAAGACGUGGAAAAUCACCGUUAAAGUUAACUGUGAUGUAACGGUGGAUGCUUUGACUGUUAAGUCCAAACUGGUUUCUAAGGAUUGUGAUUAUAGUGUGAGGCUUUGGUAAAAGGGUUUAAACUUUAAUCACAUUUUUAAUUUAAUUUUUAUUUAUUACUAUAUUCUCAAAACAUAAUGUAGAAAUUAUGUUAUACUUUUUUCUCUUUUGCUUUGAGAAAAAUGGUUGUAUUUUUAUAGACUGAAAAAUGUUAGUGAAUUCAUUUAUAGAGAAGUUGAAUAGCAAAUAAAUUUGAACAAUGGUUGUAUUUUCCUCUUCUUUUUUUUCUUAUGAGACUUUUUUUUUUGGGUUUAACUAUCUGGCAUUGGAUCUUCAUGACUCAUUAAUCCAAAUUCGUGCAUAAGACUCAUUACUGGAAAAUUAUUUUCUACCAUAAAUUUA